AUGGCCCAUUUAUUAAAUAGCUUUACUCUUGUUUGUAAAGGGUAUAAUCUCCAUAACAAAUUUGUAUGGGAUACUAGAGAUUGUGCUUGUGAUUUUCGAGUCAAUAUUCAUGGAUGUCCUGAACAGGAAGUUUAUAUAAUCGCGGAUUGGAUUUUAAUCCCUUAUUGUUUAUUAUUAAGCAUUGUAGCUUCAAUUUGUUUAUAUCAAUUGAUUCAUGUAAAGAAGGAGCCUUUCUUCCUUCCUGCAAGAAAAGAUCGUGGAUUUUUGAGACCUCGACCCCAACACACUUGUUAUGCGUUGGCAUUGGUAUAUUGUCCUUGGAAGAUUAUUCAUAUGCUUCAGUUGCUUAACGACCUUUAUCCUAACGCCAUGUGGGCCGAAAUAUAUUCAACAGGAGCCAUUGAAAUAGAUACAACACUGUCUUCAAUGGGAUCCAUGAAAGGAUCAUUGAACCUAUUAAAAAGAAUAGAUAUCACAUGCAUCUCCAUCAUGUUAUCCCCCCUUGUUAUCUUUCUUCCCUUGGCCGGAAUGACUGGUCGUUAUGCAGAUAUUGGAAAUAUUGCAAAGGCGAAUAGUUAUUUCAUAGCGCAUAAUAUCUGUUGGGCCAUAUGGGGAAUCCUUUACAUAGGGGCGAUGGUGUAUUUCUGGUCACGAAUUUUUCCAAGUAUUUUAGAAAACGUUGAUUUGACAAUGAAUAAUGAGAAAAAUCCCGAAUUGGAAUUGAAACUUGAGCAAUUUAAACAAAGCCGUGAUAAAAUCACCAUUCCAGGCACGUGGCAAUUAAUUCCGGCAUGCCUUUAUAUUUUGGCCCUAGUAUUCUACGGAGCCUUACAUAGAACGAAUACGAUAUUUAUCUAUGGGAUCAAUAUCGCCUACCUAAUAAUUUGGCAGUAUGGAAUUCCCAUUGCAAUUCACAUUUCGCAAUGGGUCAUGAUUUACAACACUUACGUAACAAAAUUGCCGGGAUCCAAGUUACGUGUAAAUAGUAUAAUAGGAGUUCGUCGUGAAGGAACUGAUACGACAAUUAAUGGUCAAACUACCGAUUUUGGAGAGAUACAUUUGUCAAUGAACAGCUCAUUUGAUAAUUCGCUCAGUCAGAGUCCCAUAUCUCCUAAACGUAAUACUAGACAAGGUUCUUUUCAUUCAUUUUAUGUUGAUGAUAAUUAUUUCAGAUCAAAAAAGGCUGAAUGGGGAAAUUAUGAAGGAUCAAGUCCAAGGCAUUCAAUCAAUUCAUCAUCUGAUGCCACAACUUUAACAACCGCAUCUAAUAAUGAUAAUAGCAGUUCUACUAAUAUCUUUGAAAUGUGGUAA